UACCCUUUGUAGGAGCACAACCAGUGAGCUAAAACAAACUGCUUCCGGGUUACCCGAAUUUGCUUCCUCGCGCGGAACACUGUACCUAGCCGGUUGUAAGGAAACUAGCUAAAUAUACGCUGUUUAUUUUAAAUCUGUGUUUGUUCAUCAUGUCUAAAAGACACCGUUUAGAUUUAGGUGACGACUACUCCAAUAAAAAGAGAUCUGAUGGGAAAGACCGAGAUCGCGACAGGGACCGUGACGAGCGCUCUAAAGACAGGGAGAGGGACAGGGACCGUGACAGAGAUCGGGACCGGGACCGAGAUAGGGACGUGAAGCCCUCUGUCGUGCCCCCCAACACCAUGAUGGCCGGGGGAGGCAUGCUUCCUCUCAAGCAGACAGCCAUGCAGCAGCAGAUCAACCCGUUCACAAACCUGCCCCACACGCCGCGCUACUAUGAGAUCUUGAAGAAGAGGCUACAGCUGCCUGUGUGGGAGUACAAGGAGCGCUUCAACGACAUCCUGGCACGCCACCAGAGCUUUGUGCUUGUCGGAGAGACGGGCUCCGGGAAAACCACACAGAUCCCCCAAUGGUGUGUGGACAUGGUGAAGGGCUUGGGUGGCCCCAAGAAGGCGGUGGCCUGUACCCAGCCCAGAAGGGUGGCAGCCAUGAGCGUGGCCCAAAGGGUGGCCGACGAGAUGGAUGUCAUGCUGGGCCAGGAGGUGGGCUACUCCAUACGAUUCGAGGACUGCAGCUCCGCCAAGACCAUACUGAAGUAUAUGACAGACGGUAUGUUGCUUCGGGAAGCCAUGAACGACCCCUUGCUGGAGCGGUAUGGCGUGAUCAUCCUGGAUGAGGCCCACGAGAGAACGCUGGCCACGGACAUCCUAAUGGGAGUACUGAAGGAGGUGGUCCGACAGAGGUCAGACCUCAAGGUGAUUGUGAUGAGUGCCACGUUAGACGCCGGGAAGUUCCAAGUGUACUUUGACAGCUGUCCACUGCUGACCAUUCCCGGACGCACACACCCCGUGGAGAUCUUCUACACCCCUGAGCCGGAGCGGGACUACCUGGAAGCCGCCAUCCGCACGGUUGUUCAGAUCCACAUGUGUGAGGAAGAGGAGGGGGACUGUCUGCUUUUCCUCACCGGACAAGAGGAAAUUGACGAGGCCUGUAAACGGAUCAAACGGGAGAUCGACGACUUGGGACCUGAAGUCGGAGACAUCAAAGUCAUUCCACUAUAUUCCACACUGCCUCCCCAGCAGCAACAAAGAAUCUUUGAGGCAGCACCCCCCAGGAAGCCCAGCGGUGCGAUAGGAAGAAAGGUUGUGGUUUCGACAAACAUUGCUGAGACAUCCCUUACCAUCGACGGAGUGGUGUUUGUGAUCGAUCCCGGUUUUGCCAAGCAAAAGGUGUACAAUCCUCGUAUCAGGGUGGAGUCUCUCCUGGUCACGGCGAUCAGCAAAGCCUCGGCGCAGCAGAGGGCGGGCCGUGCCGGCAGGACACGGCCAGGGAAGACUUUCCGCCUCUACACUGAGAAAGCCUACAAGACCGAGAUGCAGGACAACACGUAUCCUGAGAUUCUCCGGUCCAACUUGGGUUCUGUCGUGUUGCAGUUGAAGAAGCUGGGUAUCGAUGACCUGGUGCACUUUGACUUCAUGGACCCACCAGCCCCGGAGACCCUGAUGCGGGCGCUGGAGCUGCUCAACUACCUGGCGGCGCUCAACGACGACGGCGACCUGACAGAGCUGGGCUCCAUGAUGGCAGAGUUCCCGUUGGACCCACAGCUGGCCAAGAUGGUGAUCGCCAGCUGCGAGUUCAACUGCUCCAACGAGAUCCUCUCCAUCACCGCCAUGCUGUCAGUCCCGCAGUGUUUCGUCCGCCCCACCGAGGCUAAGAAGGCGGCGGACGAGUCCAAGAUGCGGUUCGCCCACAUCGACGGAGACCACCUGACGCUCCUCAACGUCUACCACGCCUUCAAACAAAACCACGAGUCUACACAGUGGUGCUACGACAACUUUGUGAACUACCGUUCGCUGAUGUCGGCAGACAACGUGCGCUCGCAGCUGUCCCGGAUCAUGGACCGCUUCAACCUGCCCCGCCGCAGCACCGAAUUCACCAGCAGAGACUACUACAUCAACAUCCGUCGAGCGCUCGUCACAGGCUUUUUCAUGCAGGUGGCUCAUUUGGAGCGCACGGGCCAUUAUCUCACAGUCAAGGACAACCAGGUGGUCCAGCUACACCCGUCUACCGUCCUGGACCACAAGCCAGAGUGGGUGCUCUACAAUGAGUUUGUCCUCACAACCAAGAACUACAUUCGCACCUGCUCGGAUAUAAAACCGGAAUGGCUGGUGAAGGUUGCUCCUCAGUACUACGAAAUGGGCAACUUCCCACAGUGUGAAGCCAAGAGGCAGUUGGAGCGAAUCGUUGCCAAACUCCAGACCAAGGAGUAUUCCCAGUACUGAUUAACAGCGACUGAAGAGAGGAAGACAUCCUUGAAAGAGCUUGGCACAAUUCAUACUUUAAAGUUGUAUCCUAUCUUCAAUCUUAAUGUUUCUUGAUUCAAGAUAUGAUUUUUAUAACUUUUUUGUUUGUGGUUUUUCUGUCCAUUCAAUAGCAACGUGUAUAACUGUAAGCAUUUAUGAAAUUGAUCUCAAUGGUGAAUAUUAGGCUAUUCUGAUUAGAGAUUUUCGAAAAGGAAUACAAUUAACAUGUUAAGCAUGAGUAUUCAUGUGGAUAUUGUUGAUGUUCCUCUAGGAAAUUGUGAACCCUGAGAAAGUGUACUUGCCUAGGUUGUCCUUGUUUCUUCAAUAAAGGAGCUUCGACUUGAAUAAAACAAUGAAUAAUA